AAUAAACUCAAAUUUCCAAACUUAAAGAUGAGUCGGUUUUUUAUUUUAUCCCUGUAAUAAUCUUAAUGUAAAUAACAAAAUUAUAAUAUUUGCAUUCACACUCGGUGGGAUAAAGUGAUAAACACGCCUAUACCCCUUUCCGUAGUUUUUCUCCAGUCGUGUCUGCAAAUGUCGAAAUAUUUUUGCCAUGAGUCUUAGUUGCGCCAGAAUAACUGUGACAUGUUUAAUUAUUGUUGUGUGUGUUGUGUUUUCACAAUGCCAAGAUCUUUUUAUUGUUAAUAGAUAUAAACCAGAUGAAUAUUACUGCAUUACCAAUAGUUCAAAUGCUUUAUCUUGGGUGGAUGAAGAUACAUCUCAAGAUAUACAUUUUAAAGCAUCUAGAUUUAUACCUUCACCCACAGAAAAAAACCUUUGGAGUGUCAGUUGUAACUCCAAAAAUGAUCAGUCUCCUUUAGGAUGGAAUUGUGAAACAGCACUUUCUGGUACAGUGAUUUUAGAUCGCCGAUGGGAAGAUUUACAAGAGUACAAAACUGAUUAUAAUGAAGAGUCAAACGAUAAUAUGUCGAACGUGAAAUUGUUUAUCAACAUUCCUAUUACAUUAGAAGAAAACUUUACACUACCACUGUCCAUUCGUAUCAAAGAAAACGCUCAUAUAUAUCUCUGUGAUGGCAAAGAUCCACCCAAUUCAAACUGCUAUUGGAUUUCAAUAGGAACAGGAGCUUUAAAGAAAACAAUUUUGCAAAAAUGUUCCAGCUCUCAAGGAGCUAGUGAUAAAAAAGAGAACUGUUUUAAACAACGGGCUGUUUUUGCCAAUGAGAAUCUUAAUAGUGCUUACUGGACUCACUUCAGACUCUUCAAAACGGCAAAAACACUGCUUUUUACUUAUGAAAACAACGGAAAAUCCAAAGAAAUAUUUUCAUGUUGUAAUGAAGAUAAUAAGAUAUUCAGUACAACAAACUUGAUCAUUAGCAGCACAAAUUUCGUCGGUCGUUGGAAAUUCCAUCAAAUAACUUACUACAAGACCACAAAAGCUCAAAAUGAUACACCAUUUGGAAGUCCCCUAAAACCCAUAGGAGACUCCGUGUGCAUUUCCGUGUUUAUAAAUAUGUGUGAAUCUUGUCAAAUUACUUUUAAGUUAACUAACCAAGAAAAUAGAAUAUUAAUUAAAAAAACUUACGGAUACGAGUUUCCUUUAAAGAAAGACUGGCGAGAAAUCAGAUUUAAUACAGAUGAAAUAAAAGACAUUGUAACCCUAUUAGUAUCUACACAUAUAACAACAAAAGAAGAAAAUCAAAAUCAGUUUUGGGCACUUGAUAAUAUGAAACAAUGUCACAGAGACGGUUUUCGAAUGAUUUCUUUAGAUAAAUCAGCAAGUUGUCAACUUCUGUCCGAAAGCGGUAGCAUUUCAGUGACAAGAAACAAAAUUAAUGAUGUUUCAGCAAACUGCAGAAUAAAUUCAGUCGGCAAAUCAUGUAUGCCGUGUUCUUGGUUUCUAAAUGACAAAUGCGGACAAUUAAAAAUAUGUGAGAAAUAUAAUAACGCCAUCUCUUGUUCAUGUUCCGCUGGAUAUACAACUUCAAACUCACUCAAAUGUGAUUCUGAGUGUGCUGAUGGGUCUUAUGGUCAUCAAUGUAAAAAGAAAUGUGAUGUAAGAUGUAAAAGUAAUAAUUGUUCCCACCUUAACGGAAGAUGUACGACAUGGUGUGCCAAUAAAAAUGAGACAUGCAAUAUAUGGUUUGUAGAACCUCCUAGAUUGAAAAAUGCUUCUUAUGUAGAAGCUGUCGUCGAAGUCUCCAACAAUGAAUUAAUUGGUGACGAAUGUGCAGAUUGCACGUACAUUCUUCAAUAUAAGGAAGUAGAAGGAAAUAAGCGACAAUGGCAUACUGCGUUAGAAAACAACACGUUUUUAAAAACACAGUCAAUUAAAAUAAAAGAACUGAAACCAGGCACUGACUAUUAUGUCAGGUAUUUCAUCGUUAAAGGCAAAAACACAAAUGCAUUUGAUGAAAAUAUACCAAAAACAAACUUUUCCACUUUAUGCAAAGAAAUCCAAAGAGAAGACCUGUCGAUUGAUCCUUCCAAUACAAGUAUAACCUUAUCCACUCCUACUAAGAAAAACCCUAUGACUUGUAAUUUGAAAAAAUCCUCGAUCGAGAAACUCAAUUCCAAUUUUAGAAUUGAGGCUAGAAUUAACGAGUCCGAUACACCAAUAAUAAUUUUGGGUGAUUUAUAUCCUUAUACAAGUUACAAUGUACAAAUUUCUCCAAAACUAAAAUUAUCCUUGAUGACUGGAGAAGGAGUUCCAGAUAUUGUUCAAGAACUAAAAGUAGUUAAUAAAUCAGACACAAGUGUACACUUAUUGUGGAAACGACCUUCUCGACUCAAUGGUCCUGUGGAAAACUAUGUCGUUUACUAUCAGACUGGACUACGCUUGGGUUGUGAAAAAGACAACCCGAAAGGAAAUCUAUCCGAAAAAUUUGAACGUAACACAACUAAACCAACAAUAAUUUUAGAAAACUUAGUUCCAUUUACACAUUAUAUGUUUACAGUAUAUGCCGUUAAUACAAAAUUCGAAAGCAAGCGGGUAACCUAUUGGGAUUCCACUACAGAGUCUCAUUCAAUUAAAGAGGAAGAAUGUCCAAAAUUGAAACAAAUAAAACCAGAUAAUCGUUCCGUUCAAACACAAUUUUCUUCCAUUGAUUGUGAUAAAAUUGAAGGAUCAAUUUCUAUCGAAAUUUCAGCAAUUUGUGAAGAAGAGUGGUGCAUGAUUAAAAACGUGACUAAUAUUUUUAAUUACACCACCGAGAACACUGCGUCGACCAUAUCGUCAAACAUAUAUCCCUUUUCAAAAUAUCAUUUAACAGUUAAAUGUUGCCGAAACGACUGCAUUUACAUUGAGAAACAUAAAGAAUUUAAAACAACGGUAGAGCCGCCGUAUAAAGUUAAAGACUUUUUAGUUUUUUCGAAGAAUGAAAGUACUAUUUCAGUCAGGUGGAGACAACCGUAUCCACCAACUGGUAUAUUAGACCACUAUAACAUUUCAUAUUACAUUACUAAAGAAAGCGAAGGAAAAUCUGAAAUUGUAACACAUUCUCCCUGUAAACUAUGGAUUAGUUUCCAGUGCUUGACCUUAAGUAAUUUAGAAGCUGAUACAAAAUAUUUUAUACAAAUUCGGGCCAGAAAUACCGGAUCGAAGAAUUAUGGGCAACUUAUAGAAGAAGAAGCAACAACCAAAACGGAGGCUUCGAAACCUCCACAUAAUCUCAUCGUUGAUUGGACUUUACAAAACGACCUUCAAUUAAUGUGGUUUCACCCAAAUGAAUCCAAUGGAUAUAUAACUCAUUUCAAUAUUUCCGUUCUUUCUGGUAAUCAAAAUGAGAACAAAAUCGUUAAUAUAUUCAAAGUAGUAAGCCACAACCUUACUUAUACUCACACCAUCAACCAAAGAAAAUUUCAACCUUCAACGUAUUACAACAUCACGAUUCAAGCGUUCAACGGUGUAAAUGGCCAUCCUGUGAGCACUCAAGAUCUAAGUCCCCCUGCUAUCCCAUUUUUUGAAAAUGAGCCUAAACAUUCAAUAACGAACACUACCAUUACUAUAGAAAUAUCCAAAGUUAAGAACAACAUCAAGGAUUUUAAAUUAUUUUUAUUAAUAGAAAAUGACACCACCGACACUAUCAUAUAUCCCAAAGAGUUAAAACAAUUUGAAGAAAAGUUUCAUAAUCAGCAAUCAAAUUUUAGAAUUUUGUACAGUAGUACCAACAUUCAAAGUCCUUUAACGUUUAUGAUUGGUAAAACGAAUCAGACUUUUCAAAACAAAAGCACGAGUCAUCUGGAUUUUCCUCUAAAAACUGAAAACAGCUACAACAUAUCCAUUUUAUUAAUCAACACAUACAAGGAUAAAAGUAGCUACAAGUUUUAUUCUUUUCAUAUUCCCAAAUUAUUAAAACCUUUAGUACUGCCGGCCGUAAGCACAGAUUUGAGUCUGCUAUCACUUUUAUUUCUAUUACUAAUAAUUCCUCUAGGUAUAGUAGUUUUUAUCAAAAGAGAUACAAUUAAGCAAAAGUUAAACUCCCUCAUACAAAGAAAUAAUACAGCUAAUAUGGAAGUUUCAGAAGAUCAAACACCACUACAAAGAUUAGACAAUAAUCAAAACAUUUAUACAAAAAAAAUCAAAGUGUCCGAACUGCAAAAAUACAUUAAAGAGUCUUUGAAAAAUGACGAACUUGAGCGCCAGCACAAGUUUUUUCCACGAGGACAAACAAAACCGUGGGAUUGCGGUUCUUCACCAAGCAACAAAAAUAAAAACCGAUACACGAAUUUAUUACCAUAUGACCAUACAAGAGUAGUACUUAAAAAAAUUCAAGGUGAAGAACACUCAGACUACAUUAACGCUAACUACAUUGACGGUUACAAUAUGCCAAAAGCGUACAUUGCCACACAAGGACCAAAAAAAAACACAAUUGGUGAUUUUUGGCGAAUGGUUUGGCAAGAAAACGUGAGACAUAUCGUCAUGUUGGCCAACCUCUACGAAAACGAAAAGAAAAAAGUGGAGAAAUAUUGGCCCGAGAUGGGCGAGAAUUUACGUUAUGGUACAAUCACACUUCAAUAUUUUUCAAAUCGAGUCUAUGCGGACUACGAGCAUCGAGUAUUUAAAGUCACCAAUGGCAAUAGUACCAGGGAGGUACAGCAGUACCACUUCCAGUCAUGGCCCGACCAUGGGGUACCACUUUACGCCCAAACACUUAUCCCAUUUUUGGAAAACCUCCAGAAAAUCCCACUUAGUACCAAAUCACCGAUUGUAGUCCACUGCAGUGCUGGAGUUGGCAGAACUGGUACUAUAAUUUUGUGUGAUUCUUGCUUAAGAAUGGCCGUUAGUGAGAAAUGUGUAGAUGUGUUGGGAACACUUCAAAAAAUUCGCAACCAAAGACCCAACAUGGUCGAUAAUGUCGAACAAUACAAACUGGCGCAUUUGGUCAUUUUGGACUAUUUGGAUGGUAUCCGCACUGGAAUACCAUGUAGCGAGAUUGGAGAAGUGGAAGAAUUGUUAAAAAGUGACGAAUUGAAGAAACAGAUGCGUUAUCUGGAGACUACAGCUUGGCAAGACGAGAUAUUCAUGCCAACAGUGUUACAAAAUGAAACUUCAUUUGUGGUUAAAAAAAAAAAUCGCUUCCAGAACAUUAUUCCCGGCAAUCACAGGUACAUCUUCUUGCCUCGUUAUCCAAUCGAUGACGAAUCUUCAAUUUACAUAAACGCGGUUACUGUCGAUGGUUUCAAACACCCUGAUCGUUUUAUUGUGACACAACAACCGUUACCAAACACCCUCGGAGAUUUUUGGCGCCUGGUCCACGAUAAGGACAUUUCAGUGAUCAUUUCCUUAAACGAAAUCGACUUAAACUACACGACUUGCAACUUUUGGCCGUCUGAAGACAACAAAGAGCUGAAUCCGGUUGAUUUCCUUACUCUCAAACACGCCAAAACCCUUAUAUGUGAUACCUAUGACGUUAUAACCGUUCACAUGCAUGAUCAAAAUAAUACUGACCAAAAAGUGAUCGAAAUACUUGCAUUAAAAAAUUGGCCGGCGAUGAAUAGCUGUCCGGACAAAAUUGACAGUUUUUUGACUUUUUGGGAAGAGUCGUAUGCGACUUCCAGGCAGUCUGGUCAAGUUAUUGUCACUUGCUUUGAUGGAGCACUUGCGUCCGGUCUGUACGUCUCCAUGUCGUUCAUUUUGGAAAAAAUUAAAUUAGAGCAAGUUUGUGACGUUUGCCAAGCUGUGAGAAUUGUGAGACAUAAUAGGAAACAAUUCGUCGAGAAAGAAGAACAAUUUAUUUUUUUGUAUAAAGCUGCGAUGACUUAUAUUGGUGGAUUUGAGAUUUAUGCUAAUUUUAAUUAGACAUACUUUAAUUAUCGAACUGUACCUAAAUUAAUUGAGUGAAUAAAUUUUGUUUGAAAAUU